ACCUAUCUCUCCAGGCCAGGUAUAUACACCUAAUGAAUCGAAGGAACAGAGCAAUUCCCAUCACGACAUUGACACAUCCUCACGAUUAAAUCAAACAUGUAUUUUCAUACACGUAUCCUCGUGUUUGUAACAUGUGUUGGUUUUACAUUAAAUUUCAUCACGGCAGCUGAUGAAAUACCACAGUAUAACAAAAUGAUGGCAAAUGUUUUUGAAUUUGCAAAAAGGAAACAUUUGACUGUACAAGAAAAGGAAGCGAGGGAAGAAUUGUUUUACAGCAUUGCUGACAGUGGUUUACCACAACUCCUACAGAAGUUUCAGGACGCCCUUUUCACUCUCGACAGUGAAGCCGCAAGGAUGUAUAAUGUAUCUGAUCCAUGUUUAAGAGACACACAACAAAUUAUACUUGGUAUACAAAGAAAGGAAUACUGGGCAACGCGGAUUCUCGACUCCCUUGGCAAGCCUGGCAGUGGGAUAACUGACGGGAACAUUCAGUGGAUUGGAUCAUAUGACAUGUGUAAUGGCGUAUCGGGAACAGUCUAUGUAGACAUGGUGAACAACACAGGCCCACAAUACACUCUCCAAGGGAAGUACUGUAAAGGACGCUUAAACCUGGGUAUACCGAAUAUAGGUGCCACCACAUAUGGUACAUGUGUUCCUAAAACGUGUAGUGCAAAAGAUGCCGACACCUUGAUGAAUUUAGCAUUAUCACUGUUGUCCGAUAAAAUGCAUUUCUAUAUCGUUGAUUGCCCAACAGUGGAGACAGAAUACGACGCCCGAGCCAUUGUCAGCAUAACCAUUUGUAGUAUCAUAGGACUAUUGAUGAUACUCGGAACGGGAUACGACGCCUUCAUUGUUCGAUAUAUAAGACAAAAACGCAAGAUACAACAAGAGAAAUACAAUGAAAUGGAGAAAAACAAGAUGGACGCCGAACAAUACCAAUCAGAAUCUUCUCUUAACGAAAGUACAUCGCUUCUAAAGAAAAUUAAACAGAAACCGAUUGUAGUUGGGAGAGAAGAAGAAGGCACAGUUGGAAAAAUCCUUAUGUCUUUCUCCGUGAUGACAAAUGGCGAAAAGCUUCUAAGUACUUCCCAAGGCGAAGGUAGCCUGACUGCUAUAAAUGGCAUGCGAUUUUUUAGUAUCACAUGGGUAAUUCUCGGUCAUAAUUUCUCCUCUGGAUUGCAGUUUUCAGUGAAUAGUGUUCCUUUCUACGCAGAGAUGUUUAAUAGAUGGACAUUCCAGGCAAUAGGAAAUGCCUUCGUAUCUGUUGAUUCUUUUUUCACCAUGAGCGGUCUUCUCCUCUCCUACCUAUUUAUGAAGGAAAUGAAGAAAACUGGUGGAAAGAUGAACUGGGUUAUGUUUUAUUUCCAUAGAUUUUGGAGAUUAACUCCACCUUAUAUGCUGGUUUUGAUGGUAAGCGCUACACUGACCCGAUAUAUGGGUGGCGACGGUGGGCCUAACUGGGUCAAAAACGGAAUCGAGCGGGAUUUCUGUAAGGAAACCUGGUGGACAAAUCUGCUGUACAUCAACAACAUUGUAAAAACAGAUAAAAUGUGUAUUGGAUGGUCAUGGUAUUUGGCCAAUGAUAUGCAGUUUUUCGUCAUCAGCCCUUUGAUGCUUAUACCGCUCUAUUACAAAAGAAAUUUAGGUUUUAUUGUCUGUGGUGUGCUUCUGCUGGCGACGUUUAUAACUACUGGAGUGCUGAACUCAGAAAAUGGGUGGCCAGCUACACCUUUGGAACAAAGAACAUCCAAGGAUGGAGGCAGCUCUUACAUGGAUGGCUAUUAUUUUAAACCUUGGUGCAGGAUUGGGCCGUACAUUGUUGGAAUAAUGGGAGGAUAUAUUCUACAGGCGUGUAACUGCCGCUGUAAAAUAAACAAGCUGGUGAACCUGAUUUGCUGGUUGGUAGCGACUGUUGUGGGCUGUUUAAUCGUAUACGGCCUGUAUGAUUCACUGACUGGCACAGUACUAUCAACACCUGUCGCUGCAUUUUACAACACCAUCCAUAGAAGUGCAUGGGGCAUUUGUAUCUGCUGGGUCAUAUUUGCAUGCGCAACUGGAAAUGGAGGUUUUGUUAAUACAUUACUCUCCUGGAAGGGUUUGGUUCCACUCAGCCGACUAUCCUACUGUGCUUACCUAAUACAUCUUAUCAUCAUCAGCGUGCGUGCUAACUCGCAACAUGCCCCUAUGUACUUUUCAGUAUUUGAAGAGGUAAGUGACAUUGGUAUCAGUUCCAUACCAUGUUUUGUCAUCAUCACACAUGUAAUUAACGUAGCCCUUUUUCCCCGAAAAAGAAAUCAUAAAUUUCGCCAUUCAGAUAAUUUUUCCAGUGGUCUUUUAACUUAUACUUGCCUUAUAUGAUAAUGUCGUAUUCUGUAAUCUUUCAAUAUAAUAAAUAAGUUUUUCCAAUUAUUUCUUGCAUGUGAUUAUCAUUAUGAUAAAUAAACUUUUCCACUUAUUUCAUGCAGGUAAUAAUAA